AUGUCGGAGUCCGUCACUCUAGCUACGGCGUCACUGCUCGCCGUACAUGGCGGCAACAGACCACUGCUCUCAUGCCUAAGCUCGUCCAGGCGAUGGCUUCAGAGAGCGAGAACGGCGGGAUCGCCGAUGACGGCGAGAUCGCCGGGAACGGCAGGAAGAACCGCUGUCGCGGCUCCAGCACGGCACCGUACGCAGAUCGUGGUGGCUGCGCUACGGCCACGGUCGACAGGGCCGCUUUUCGCGCUGCCGGCGGUUGCAGGCGAUCUAGCGCUCGCGAGCCGCGACGCGCUGGUGCAUGCAGAUGACUGCAGCAGCGCGGGGCCGGAAGUGACGAAAGAGCGGCUCGAGUCAUGGCUGCAGCGAUCGGCCGCGGAGGUGAGGCGAGGAACGAGUUGA